UCUAUUUUGAGAUUUUUUUUCACGUGUCACUGACUUGAAACUUAUAUUUUGAGGUUUUGCUGAAGAUAUUUCUGAAGAACCAUCCACGGUGUCGCACUGCACAAAUGAUUCAGUUGACAGCUACCCCUGUUACUGCCCUUGUUGAUGAGCCAGUACAUAUCCGAGCUACAGGCCUGACCCCCUUUCAGGUGGUGAGUCUUCAGGCAUCACUGAAAGAUGAAAGGGGGAACAUGUUUUAUUCUCGAGCCUACUAUAGGGCCAAUGAAAUUGGUGAAGUGGACCUGGAGCGUGAUUCUUCACUCGGAGGGGAUUAUGUGGGCCUCCACCCCAUGGGUCUCAUCUGGUCCCUGAAACCUGAAAAUUUAUUAACUAGACUAAUGAAAAGAGAUGUGAUGAAUAGCCCCUUCCAGGUCCAAUUAAAACUUUAUGACCUAGAUUUACUACUAGACAAUAAACCUAUCAGUUCUCUAAAGGCAAGCCUGACUUUGGAGAGGUGGUAUGUGGCACCUGGUGUCACACGGAUCCUGGUUCGAGAAGGCCACCUUCGAGGAGCCCUCUUUCUCCCUCCAGGAGAGGGACGUUUCCCGGGGGUGAUUGAUUUGUUUGGUGCUACGGGUGGACUGAUUGAAUUUCGGGCCAGUCUUCUAGCCAGCCAUGGCUUUGCCUCCUUGGCCUUGGCUUACUGUGGCUAUGAAGAUCUGCCACCCCACCCAGAGAUAAUAGAUUUGGAGUAUUUUGAGGAAGCUGUCAACUUUCUCCUUAGACAUCCUAAGGUCUGUGGCCCAGGCAUUGGGGUAGUCUCCAUAUGCAAAGGGGCUGAGAUUGGACUCUCUAUGGCUGCUCACCUAAAACAAAUCACAGCCACUGUACUUAUUAAUGGACCCACCUUUGCUGUUGGAGUUCCACAGGUAUAUCGUGGUCAGAUCUAUCAGCCUGUUCCCUACUCUACACAAUUAAUAACCAUCAGUAACUUGGGGUUAGUAGAGUUUUAUCACCUGUAUGAAGAAAUUGGAGCUGAGGCCAGUCAGUCUUUUUUUCCUAUUGAAAAGGCCCAGGGACAUUUCCUCUUCAUUGUGGGAGAAGAAGAUAAGAAUAUCAACAGCAAAACAAAUGCUGAGCAAGCCAUAGAACAGCUGAGAAGGAAUGGGAAGAACAACUGGACCUUGCUGUCUUACCCUGGAGCAGGCCACCUGAUAGAGCCUCCUUACUCUCCACUGUGCCUUGCCUCAGGGAUCAGCACUCUCUGCUCAGCCUUACACUGGGGAGGAGAGGUGAUUCCACAUGCAGCGGCACAGGAACAUGCUUGGAAGGAGAUCCAGAAAUUUCUCAGGAAGCAUCUCAUUCCGACUGCGACCAGUAAACUCUGAGAACACUAGAUAUUCCUAGGUAAUAGAGAAGUAAAUCUCUUUACCAGCACCUCUUUUUUGGUUUUUUUUACACAGCUGAUUGGACUGAAAGCACCGCUUGAUUUUUGCAGAAGAAUAUGUUUUUUUUUUUUCUUUCACAUUUUAUGUCAAUUUGAAUGGUAAAAAUGGCACAGGAGUAAAAACCUGAUAUUUCACUUACAUUGCACAACCAGCUAACCAAACUGGA